AUGUCACAUUCAGGACUAUUUGAAUGGGAUGACUUUUUGAACGAUCAAAUUUUUACAGGGCGUAAUGGGAAACAACAAUAUAAUAGUUCUGCUGCAGAAAACAUACUUAACUCAAACUAUUUAAACACGCCUAACAUUCAACCAUUAGAACGUGAUAUGGAAAACCAAGAAAAAAUACAACCCUUAGAAAGUGAUGAUGACGAUGAUAUGGAAAAUCAAGAAGGGAUUCAACCCUUAGAAUGUGAUGAUGAUGAUGAUGAUAUGGAAAAUCAAGAAGGGAUUCAACCCUUAGAAUGUGAUGAUGACGAUGAUGAUAUGGAAAAUCAAGAAGAGAACUUUAACUCUUUACCAUCAUUUAAGACAUAUGAUGGUUCGUCUCAUAUACCACAUUAUCAAGGAGAGUAUGGGCCAUAUUUUCCUAGUUUUACAGCAAUGGCGUUAUUUAUUUGGGUAACAAAACAUAUGAUCAGUUCGGCAGCAUAUGAAGGUCUUAUAUCUAUUUUGUUACAUAAAAAGUUCCGUAUUGAAGACGUGAUCAAAAGAAUUGAAUCUGAUUCUAAAUCUGAGUUCUGGCAUGGAGAAUUAUGGCAACGUUCACCUCUCUUUGGAGCGGAAUGCUGUCAUCAUAAUAAUGAAUUACCACGUACAUAUGCAAGAUCACGGCAAGAUUCCAGACUACUUUGGUUAACAGAAAAUCAAGAAAUAAUAGAACUUUCCCAAAUAAUUAACAAAGUUUCUGUAUGGGAUAUCUCCUUAAGAUAUCGCCAUCCUACCUUAAGUGUGCCAUCUGAAGUACACCCAGAUUUUUAUUGCAGGAGAAUUAAGAUCUUUUGUGAUCUUUAUUUUGACAACUUUGGUACUUAUAGAAACAUCUAUCAUAGCCUUGGAGGACUUUAUCUUCAAUUUGGAAAUAUGAAACUUACAAGUCGCCAAAAAUUAAGAAAUCAUUUUCUGGUUGGGUUCGUUCCCUUCGGAGGAAAAUUUGAAGAUGCUAUAAAACUUUUUAUUCAAGAUAUUCAGUAUCUUGAAUGUGGAUUUUUAAUGACAAUUGAUAAUGAACAAGUAUGGGUUUCAGGAGGGCUCGGGAUCACUACAGCAGAUCUCCCGCAAGGGAAUGAUCUUGCUGGUACUCUUAGACAUAAUGCAACAUAUGGAUGUCGAACUUGUAAAGCUUCACGUAAUGAUUUAACAGAUAUAUCAUUUGAUAUUGCUAAGCAUGGACGCUAUCAUCAUUUAACAAAUAUUGAGUUUAAAAAUAUACAAUGUUUACCUAAUAUAUCGCAAAAACAUACAUUUGCAAGUUCAUUAGGUCUUAGAUUAACUCCAAAUCCUUUAAAUCAAUUAAUUUGGGAUCGUCAUAUUAGUACACCACAGGACAUUUUCCAUUGCUUUGCGGGCAAAGCAAAUAGGCUUCUUAUCGCAACAUUUGGGCUUUUGACACAUUCUGGCGAAGAUACUUUUACAGAAACAUGGAAAUUUUUUGAAGUUCCAUCCUGUUGGUCUCAAUGGCAAAAUCCAAUAACACACCUUGCAAGUUACUUUAUGUCAGAUAUUUUGCGUCUUACUAUGAUUAUUCCUUUUAUCUUACGCAGGUGUCUUACGUCCAAUCUAUUAAAAUGUGAAGCUUUAACAAUUCAAUUUUCAUUAACAACUCGUAUGGUAUUUUCAAAAACUUUAAGAAAUGAAGAUUAUGAAACUAUACAAAAAAUGUUAGAAUUAGAGUGCAAGAUGUUAUUAGAGGUUUUCCCUGAACAAUUUAGUGGACUUCCAAAUCUUCAUGUCAGCCGGCAUAUUGUUGCACAUGCUAAAACUUAUGGUACAGCUUUUAAUACAUCCGUCUCUGUCAAAGAAAUGGUACACCGAAUACAUAAAGGGGUUGUACCACAUACAAACAAAAAAAAUGUUGAGUUUGAUUUAAUUAAACGUGAUAACACUUUGCAAACUUUAAGACACCUUUUGGAUGGAGGGCAAGAUACUCGAUUUGGACAUAAUAGCCCUGUUCAUUUCUGCAUUCAAAAUAUUGUUAAUGACGUUAAAUUAAGACCUUUAUUAGAUAACUGGUACGUAACUUCUUCAUUAUUGCCAAAAAUAUAUAAUGAUGAUAAUAUUGAAAAUGCAAAUAUAGUAACAUGUAUACCGGAAAUAAUGGAUAUUAAAGACAGAGGUGCUAUGAUAAAUUCAAAAGUGGAAUUUUAUAACAAUAUUUCUUAUGUUGUAAAAGAUGAUGAUUGUUUUGUUGAUGUACGAUUACAUGUAGGAGAUGUCGUUGAUGUAUUUGAAGAAGGUGAGACAGAAGAAUCUUAUGCUAUUAUUAAGGGAAUUUUUACUCAUGAACGCUCAAGAAAAUUACAUGCAUUUGUAAUUUUUGACUGGUUUGAAAAAAUUGGAGAAAAUACAUUGUUAAAAUGUCCAAAAUAUAGAUUACAAGCAUCCGAAGAGACAAGAUGGAAUAGAAUAUUUCCAAUAUCGUUAAUUGAUCAUAAUCCAAGGGUUCAUUUUGUGCAUAAUUGUAAUGAGAAUUGUAAUAACGAAAAACAUGAUCUUACAAAUCAUUGCUAUUUGAAAAAUAUGUAUUAUUAUUUAGCUGUAUAA